AUGAAGUUUCUCAUCACCGGCCCGCGCGACACGCCGUACGAGAACGGGCUCUUCGAAUUCGACAUGCUGUGCGGGCCCAAAUUCCCUCAAGAGCCACCACAGGUGGAGUUCCGGACCACGGGUGGAGGCUGGGUGGAAUUCAACCCCAAUCUUUAUGCUAGUGGCAAGGUCUGUCUUUCAUUGUUGGGAACAUGGCCAGGAGAAUCGUGGAACCCCAAGAAAAGCACUCUUCUCCAGGUUCUCGUCAGCAUUCAGGCCAUGAUCUUCUGCGAUCAUCCAUACAACAAUGAGCCCGGUCGGGAAAAUGUGCCCCACCACGAUGUCCGCAGUAAGUCGUACAACAGAAGUCUGUAUCAUCGCACGAUUCAGACUGCAAUGCUGGAUUGG